AUGUCCAGUUCUCAGAACUCUCCCGUUUUAGUUCAGCAUGCCUCUCCCCCACAUACCCUGAGCCCUGAAGUCACCGUCGUUUCGAUCUCGACCUUCAGCCCAGAACCUCAAAACCAAUCUUCUCCACUGCAGGAACCGCCUGCCGAACCUGUACUUACAUCCGCUCCACAGGUUGGAAUCGAGCUGCCUCCUCCCACGCCCGAAAUGCCUGAUACAGAGAUGGCCGACGUUCCUCCUCCGAAUCCAGGGCCUCCGGCAGAGCUUAAUCCGGAACAUCAGCAAGAGCAGGAGCCGGAGCAUAUGAAUACUAGUGAAGAGGAGCCUCAGUCACAGGCCCCAGACGUCGUGGAAACAGAGGUUCUUUCUCUGGAAGGUGAAGCAACUACACAACUGUCGACGGUGCCAAGCGAAACACCAAGUCAAGAAACGCAAAUCCCUCCUCCCCCUCCGCCGGUUGUUGAAGAGCGUCGUCAUGAUGUUCCUGAAUGGGUGACUUGGGAGGAUGACCACUCGAAUCCUACCGAAGAUGAAAUGACUGAGAUCAGACUGAGGGAGUCCAGAGGGACAGAGCUGAGUGCCACAGACGUACCCAGUGUUGAGAAGCGGAUCUACCACGACGUGGAUGAUCCAGACCAGCGUCCGGUCAAGAAACUGCGGCUGAGUUGGGUCAUCAAAGGCGUCCGAGGGACCAAGGACAAACCAAAUCAUGCCAGGGUCAUGGUUUCUCCUCCGGCUUUGGUAGAUGGGAACUACUGGCAGAUCAAAUUCUACCCGCGAGGGAACAAAUGUAUGUCCUUGAGUGCAUACAUCAAAUGCAGCAGACGUUCUCCCAAGUCCGAAAUCGACAUCCCUGGCACCUUUUCUUUCUUCCAAGGCUCCCCCGAAGCUGAUCUUGGUGAUGGAGCCGUGCCGGUCCAGAAAAUUGAGAUUGAACCCGGUCCAAAGGAGAACGAGCAUACCACCUCCGCGCUGUCGACGACCUCGUCGGACUCCCAGAAGCAAGAUAGCAAUCCCAACACGGAAGAGUCAAAGCCCGAUUCUUCACAAGCUGACGAGAGCGAAUCCCGGGACGCCGGAGCCGCGAAGAAUCAUGCGGAGGAGGAUUGGCGAGUGUCUGCACAGCUUGGAAUGGUCAUUUACAAUCCCCUCGAGCCUCGCACCUGCACGUACAUGUCUUCGGAACACCAAUUUGCCAAGUCCAACGACGACUGGGGAUGGACGAACUUUGUUGGACCUUGGAGAGACAUUCAUCUCCGACAGCAUUGCCAAAGAACCCCUCUCCUCCAGAACGACACUAUUGCCAUCGAUGCCUACAUUCGCAUCUUCGACGACCCCAGCCAGGCGUUAUGGUGGCAUUCGUCUGACACGGAGUCUCAGUGGGACUCCAAGACACUCGCCGGCUACUUCCCUAUGGGUACUCCUCCGCUUUACCAUAGCCCUGGUGUCGCUGGAGUGACCGCAUGGCUUCUUCUGGCCCCCUUCCGCCAGGUUCUUCAAAAUGCCGAUGCCGGAGGAUGGCGCCGAGACUCUCAGAUUCGUCCGCGACCGAUUAUCUGCCAUCUUCAGAUGAUUCUAUUCCUGAUGCGCUCACUGAGGAGAGAUCGAGAGACUUACGUUGACGUGUAUUCUGCGCUUCAAGCACUCGAGGAAUUGGGAGAAAACUACACCGAUGUCAAGACAUUUUGGGAGGUACUUCGAAGAACAGUUGAACUCGAAUUGGCAGACGACGAGUCUUCGUUAAAAAGUCUGAGCGCCAUCUUUGACACGCCGGAAGGCCCCAUCUCUGUUCCCCCACUCCCUGUCGAGGGUGUCAGUGACGUUCAGCAAGGUCUCGAGCAAGUUCUACGCACCGAGAACUUUAAAGGCCGUCUUCCCAACUUUUUGCCGCUUUCGCUCGCUCGCCAGAAAUUCGACAAGACUUCGCGAGAUUGGAAGCUGCUACACGACCGUGUCGUCUUGAACGAAGAGCUCGAUGUCUCGAAAUUCUGCCGUGAAGGCGAGCCGGGCAGAUACACUCUCUAUGGAUUCAUGGUUCAUGUCGGCGAAAGAAAGUCUGGAAAAUUCUACAGUGUCUUACGGCCUGGUGGACCAAAUACCAAAUGGCUUGCUUUUGAAGACGGCGACGGAAAUAAGGUUUUCUCGUACACCCGGAAGCGAAUCCAGGACUUUGAAGGGCUCGAAGGGCAAGCACUGAAGGAUUUUACUUCCACGAGACAGACAGCCUAUCUCGCCAUGUACGUCAAAACUGACCGCCUUCAAGAGUACCUGCCGGGCGAGUUAGAGCCAUACAAACUUCCCAAAUGGCUUGUGCCUUACCUCGAGUCCCAAUUCCAGGAGGGAGAUGAUAUCUUUGCAGAAGACGGGGCGAGCGACGAGUCGGAAGAAGUUAACGUCGAAAUAUACUCUGAAGAAGGCCUGAUCGGUCGGCAGGGCCUCCUCGACAUGUUCAACAUCAAGCAACAAUCUCAACACAAGGGGAAGUUCCACAUCAUGCGCACGUCGAAAACUUCGACCUACCAGGACCUUAGGAACCAAUUAGCUCAAAGGCUCGCGAUUGGGGACCCUGAAAAAAUUCGGCUCUUUCUUAUGAGCUACAUUGGUAUGGGACAUUACAUGAGUGCACAGAUGAAAUCUGUCUGUCUAAAAGACGCUGUGGGAAGCGGACGACCCACUGGCCAACCAUUAUGCUUGUGGAUGUCGACUCUCAAAAAUCAAGAGGAACUUGAACUGUUCGGUGAUCCUGACUCUCCCGUCGCCCAAGUUCCCGUGGAUAGUUUACAGUCUCCACAACCUGAAUCUGCCUCCACUGAAAAUUCUGGCAGUUCCGUCGAGCAACAGGUCGCAGCUCCUGAUACUGAGCAAAGUUCAGUGCAGGCAGCUGUUGCCACCGGUGGUGCGCAAAUAGGAUCCGAAAUUGGCGAGCCCUCAGCUGAAGAGGAGGUCAUCGAGAACCCAGACACUCCGAUGCAGCUGGAAGUUCCACCUCCCACGGCCGAGGAGAGUCUCACCGCCAAUGUCCCGCACGGUCACCUCAUCAAUGCAGCAGCCCACGGAGAUUCGACACCUAUGGAAAACGCAACGGAGAACGACGGCCCUCAGGAAGUUCCUAACCCGGAAGAGACCCGGUUGUCUGCUGCCGAACAAACAAUCACUGCCGCGGCCAAUCAAGGGGACAGUGAAGCGAUGGACUUUGUGAUGAGCUCUGGCACCGAAUCUUCCGAAAAUGACACCUCACAAUCGGCCGAAUCAUCCGAAUCAGCCCCAGCAUCGGCCACUCAACGACAAGGGCCAGUCGACAAUGUCUACGGCUUCAUACAGAUCUUUGAGGUUGACAAGCAAAAUUUCAGCGUGCAUGAUACAUUCUUUGCAAGAUGCGACGACAAGGUGAGGGACUUUAUCCGACGGCGCAUGGGAUACGAUGCCGAUAAAGAAUUGAACAUUUGGCGUAGGGAGUCGGUGGUGGACGGCAGUGCUAUCGGACCGGAUGACACGUUUAGAGAUCCUAAAUUCGUCAAUGGCGUUGACUUGAUCGUUUCCGAACCCAUUCCGGAGGCAAGAAUCAAAGAGCUUGACAGAGAGGGUAAAUUCUCCAACCCAUUUGAGUUGUCAAAGUUUCUGCGAAAGGUCGACCGACGACAUCCGAUCGAAUCCAAGACAACCACUGACCCAAUCGAACUGGCAGACUUCGGGACUGAUUACUACAGAGGUCAUCUCGUCAAUGGACGGUUCCACGGAGAAAAUUCGCUCUGGAUCAGUUCCAAUGGGAACACAUACGAAGGCCCGCUAGUCUGCAACCAAAAAUGUGGCAAAGGAGGCAAGAUGACAUAUCAGAAUGGCGAUACGUACGAAGGCGAGUGGGAUGAUGACGAGCGUCAUGGGCAAGGUACCUUUGUCGAGCAUAGGACAGGCAACAAAUAUGUUGGCGGUUUUGAGUACGGAAAGCGUUGGGGUAUGGGAACGACAUACUGGAAGGUCGCUGAUGAGCAAGCAGAUCUCUGCCAGAUCUGUUACUCAGCCGAGAAAGAUGCGUUGUUUUUCGACUGCGGACAUGUCUGUUCUUGCGUCGAAUGUGCCAGGCAGUGCGAGUCCUGUCCCAUUUGCAGGAGAAGCAUCAAACAGGUCGUGCGGAUGUUCAAGGCGUAG